AUGCCACUAACAAAGGAGUAUCGUGCGUGGUGUAACAAAUCAUUCACCCCCUUCGGCAAGCUUCCCCUCGAGCUAUACCGCGACAUCCGGGACCUCGCGGCGGACUUUGAUGACAAAACUAUAGUCUCAAAGUUCUCUCUGGUCUCGCAAGCCUGGUCUCAACAGUGCCGCCCUCGUCUCUUCGGUACCCUCAGGAUAAAUGGCGAAGAGGACUGCCGUAUUCUCUACGAUAUAGUGCGAUCUCCAUUGUCAGGUUGGCUUGCGUAUCACGUUGGUACGUUGUACUUCGAUAACUCUUGGUUCCCUGGCCAUCCAUUCUGGAUGAUACUCGCUCGCCUCUUGCCAGCGUGCCAUACCAUCCACCAGCUGGUGUACGAUCCUCGCGACAUUGCUUUCAGAUGUUUAUCACGCAGUGCAUAUACGAAGACCUCGAUACGGAACAUCACUUCCCUGGCCCUGUACCACUGUAAACUCCCGUCGUUCUCGGCUCUGCUUCGCGUACUGGGGGAUAUCACCUACCUCGAGGUCGUCAAUCUCCAUCAGGUCAGUUGGCCGGGUGCCCCCCUCAUGGCAAUUAGUACCACGAACAACGUCUGCAGUGGCUCCUUGAUCUCGACUGAGCGGACAUGGCUGAAGUUCAGCUAUGUCCGUUCAGUCGAGAUGCGGGACUGCACGAACAACACCGCAGUACCCACCUGGCUCCUGGCGGCUGCGAGCACACGACACUCCUUUACCCGACGUCGGACUGCAGGGCCGGCAGUCCCUGCAGAAACAUGGACCACCAUCAAGUUCAUUGAAACGUUUAUGGGUGAUGACGAUAUCGGCCAUUCACAGUUCUAG